ACAGAACAAAAGAACACUCAACAAACAUAAGAAGAAGCAUGAAGUGUUGUAGGUUUGUUACAGUGGCUUUGAUGAGCCUUGUGAUCACAUUUGCUUCCAUUGAGGCGGCUGGUGAGUGCGGUCGCAUGCCAAUAGGUCAAGCCGCAGCUAGCCUAAGCCCGUGUUUGCCUGCUACGAAGAACCCGAGGGGUAAGGUUCCACCGGUUUGCUGUGCCAAAGUGGGUGCUCUCAUUAGAACCAACCCUCGUUGUCUUUGUGCUGUCAUGCUCUCUCCUUUGGCCAAGAAAGCUGGAAUCAAUCCUGGAAUCGCAAUCGCUGUUCCCAAACGCUGUAACAUCCGCAACCGCCCAGCUGGCAAGCGAUGUGGACGUUACAUUGUUCCAUGAAGAAUUACAACGUCGAUUGGGAUGAAAAUGAUGAGGAGUUCUUGAGAUUAAAAUAAAUGUUUUCUUUCACUUACCUUUGUAGAGGAGAAAUGUGAACUAUACAUGCUUAAUAAUCUGUUGGACUAUAAAAAUAUGCGUAUGCCUUAUCUAUUAUAAAUUUAUAAUAUAUGGAAGUGUUUUCUGUUUUAAACUUAUACUUGUCUUAUACUGUUACAAUUGGUUUGAUGUGCUUCUGAUUUAGCUGUC